AUGGAGUCCAACGCUAUGGAGGUUGAUUCCUCGGGAGGUAGUGUGGAAGGUGAUAACAAUGAGGCGGCCGCGUCAGCUGUUGGUGACGAUAUCCCUCACAUUGCCAUCGACUACACCGUUCUUGACCUGUCGUGGCUGCCCGAGUCUCUCAUAACCUCUCAGCCCAUGCUACUCGCUCGACAGGAGUAUGUAGAUGCAGUGGAGACAUUUGAGAAAGACCAGAGGCCUGUGAUGUUGAUUGGGCAACCCGGUGUUGGGAAGACGCUGUUCCUUCUGUACGCUCUGAUCAAACGGCUCAUCAAGGGUCGAUCAACGAUUUAUUCCACCGAUCCAAGGUCAUGCUAUCUGUUUCGAGAGUCCGGUGCCUACCAAUUCACGUCGGAGGACAUGACGCCCAGAGAUUUACGUUCCGCGAUGCGCGAAAUACACGGGCGAAAUGUACCCGGAGGGGAUUUCGGUGCGGUGGAUGAAGGAUGGAUUCUGUUUGAGUUGAAUGAAUCCCAAGAGUCGCUGACGUGGAACAGCGCGAAGUUCUUGAGGUGGAAGACCGUCAUUUCCUCUUCGCCGAAACUCUCCAGAUACAAGGAAUGGGUCAAACAAAAAAAUGCUAUGAAGUAUGUCAUGAAACCGUGGUCCUGGUCUGAGAUAUGUGCUGGAGCGCCACUACAGACCUCCGCAUCUCGUACUACUAAGGUUCUUUGGGAUGCCUAUCAACAAUUUGGUCCGUCCGCACACAUCGUAUACAAAUCAGACCCUGUGGAGCACCAGAACAAUAUUCGUUAUGCAUUACGAAAGUGUCAAGACCCUUCAAUGCUAUUCCCCCAACAUGAUGAUGCUUGGGAUGAAUCCAGCAAUGUAUUGGUGGUCGUGGAGCCGGCGACCAUAGAUGGGGUUGUCCACAGAAACAUCUUCAUUGGAAAGAUCGCCACCUCAUACAUCAUGAACAUGGUGCAUGAAGAGGCGCAACAUCUGUUGGGAUCAGCCAUACGGCGAACAUACCAACACCUCUUGUCAAAUAAUAUCUGCAGAGAAGUAACGGGAACCAUAUUCGAGGAUAUGGCGCAUCACCUCCUCGGCGGUAUUGCAUCACGCACUCACUCCCUCAGGACUCUCCCACGGGGUCGGAGUCGUUCCACUACGGAACUAAAGGACCUGACGAUGAAUUCCCGUAUGACCUUCGAGAAUAUCGCCCCGAUAUCCGGCAAUGCGAGGCAGCGUACGUACUAUCGUCCGCUGCCGGGAAGUUUGCCGGGUAUCGAUUCUUUCGCAUUCGUUGAUGGGACCCUGGUCCUGUUCCAGUUCACCAUCAGUCCAGAUCAUCCAGUCAAAGUCAAAGGACUCGAAGGCGUUAACGUCCUUUCUGUUGAGCAGCGAGUUAGACGCAAGUGGAUGUUGAUUUUCGUUGUUCCUACAGCCGUCGAAUCUGACUUUAAACACCAACCAUUCCAGCCUUUGUCAUACGGAGAAAAGUGGGAAGGAGAAGUAGACCAAUAUGUGAUGGGAUUGACUCCCGAAGAGCUCUUUCCAACUGUCAUUGAUGCUAUUUAG